AUGAUUGACUUAAGUGAAAACCAGUUACAGGGUCAUUUGCCAAGAUCUUUGGCCAACUGUACUGAGAUUGAGUAUCUUCAUGGAACUCUUCAACAGUUAAAGAUUCUUGUUCUCCAUUCUAAUGGCUUCCACGGUGCAAUAAAGAGUCCAGAAACAAAUUACACAUUCCCCAAUUUGCGUAUCAUUGACGUCUCUCACAACCAUUUGUCGGGGAAUGUGCCGGCAGGAUACUUAGCACAAUGGGAUGCCAUGAAAUCCGUUGGUGCAAAGAAUUUAAAAUACUUGGAUGCUAACGGCUUGGUCGACUAUUCGAUUAUAAUAACGAUAAAAGGUGUGGAAUUGGAGUAUAAGAAGAUCCAAGAUGGCCUCACAGUCAUAGAUUUCUCAUGCAACAUAUUUGAAGGAGAUAUUCCUAAAAUACUAGGGAAUCUAGAAGGUCUUCAUGCCCUGAACCUUUCCAAUAAUGCUUUCACUGGUCAUAUCCCAUCAUCCUUUGCGAACUUGGUACAGCUAGAAUCAUUAGACCUUUCUCAAAACAACUUGUCCGGAAAGAUACCUCCUGAAUUAGUCCAACUCAAUUUCCUUUCAAAAUUUAAUGUGUCACAUAAUUGCCUCACUGGACAUAUACCACAGGGGCAACAGUUUGGAACAUUUCCAAAUACUUCAUUCGAAGAUAAUCGAGGACUGUGUGGAUGGCCAUUGUCCAAACUCCGUGGAGAUUCUGACAUUUCAACACCUCCACCUUCAACCUUUGAAGAGAAUCAGAGUCCAAAAUUGUUCUUUGAAUUUGGUUGGAAAGUAGUUGUGACGGGAUAUGGAUGUGGAUUCGUAUUUGGUGUUGUUAUUGGGCACAUUGUGACAACCAGAAAGCAAGAUUGGCUCAUCAAGAUUUUUGGCAAGAAGCAACACGAAACUCGAAUAAGCCGGGUGAAUCGUAGGAAGUAG